ACAGCCGCUGUUUCUGCAGCAGGUUACGUCCCACCACAUCAUCGCCCCCUCAACACUGGACAUCCUUCCAAAGUCCCGCCCAAUUCCUCCAUACGCCACGUGUUCUUCGACUAACUGAAUUCUUCCACGUCUCCCGCAAGCUCGCGCACAGUCACUCUGAAACCGCCGUUUCGGCCAACACAUGGCGGCCAUAGAAGGAGUCGGUGUCCCCCGCUCACCAUGGCUUUUGUAUUUAAUCCACUUUGGAGCAGCCGCGGUUUCUAGGGUGGGUUGUGGAGAAAUUUACCGGGGAAGAGGAGGAAAGUGUAUGAAUUGUUAUGGUGAGUAGUAGAGAGGGAGUGGUUACUUUGACCCUGAGAUGGACUCGGUAGAGACGAUUAAGCCUAGGGUGGAUCCUCAGCUGGGGGCAGAUGCGUAUGUGAAGAAGAGACGUACAGGAAUCAAAGAAGAGGCCUCUUUCAGGUCUUCAAAGGGUGUCGAAGAAGAGUCCAAAAUGGAUGACGGUGCCGUGAAACUGAAUUCGGAGCUUUCGACGUCGGGUUCUUCCGCGCCGGAGUCAUCUGCGUCGCAGAGCGGUGGGGCAUCGGAUGGAGAAGUGGUCUCUGAGAGUGAGGAGCAGGGAGGAAAGGAAGGAGAGAAGCGUGUCUCGACGUGUGUCCCACAUGGAUCAAUGUCGGUGAUUGGGCGGAGGAGGGCCAUGGAAGACGCCCUGACGGUGGCACCGGGAGAGUUCGACUCGUACGAUUUCUACGCUGUGUACGACGGUCACGGCGGGGCUAAGGUGGCGUACGCGUGUCGUGAUCGUCUGCACAGGUUACUCGCGAAAGAGAUCGAGGAUGCGAUAAAUGGCGAAGGACGAAUAGAUUGGGAGAACGUGAUGGUGGCGAGCUUUUCAAAGAUGGAUGAAGAGAUUAAUGGCGAAGCCAAUCAGGUGGAAGACAGGUCCACUUCUUCCUUGCUCAGGUCGAUGGGGUCGACGGCGGUGGUGGUGGUGGUUGGCCCCGAGAAGCUUGUGGUGGCUAAUUGCGGCGAUUCUAGAGCCGUUCUCUGCCGCCGCGGCGUUGCCGUCCCACUGUCUCGUGAUCAUAAGGUGACGUGCCUCUCAUUUACACCAUCAUCUCUCCCCCUCGAUGGAGCUCACCGAAAGUUGCACGAUCCAAACAAAGUUUACUUUCCUGAAAAACCCAACACAUUCAUUUUUCCUUCUAAUUUUCUCCAUAACCAAACACACUUGACAAGCGCUUCACGAAUAGUUGAGACCCAUCAGUGUAUGAACUACGUACAUGCUCUUCAUAAGCCUGACAGGCCUGAUGAAAGGGAGAGAGUGGAAGCAGCAGGAGGGAAAGUGAUAAAUUGGAAUGGUUUUCGUAUUCUAGGAGUGCUUUCUACCUCACGAUCAAUAGGUAUUUGGUUCAGAGAAGUUGAAUAUUCUCGAGUUUUUCAAUAUGUCUGCCUUAGAAGAAAUUUUCAUAUGAUGCAGGGGAUUACUUUCUGAAGCCAUAUGUGACCCCCAAACCAGAGGUCACAGUUUGGGAGCGAGAAGAGUUUGAUGACUUCAUUGUAAUAGCAAGCGAUGGUUUAUGGGAUGUUAUUACAAAUGAGCUUGCCUGCAAGAUUGUGAGGAAAUGCUUUGACGGCCAAAUUAGGAGGAGAGUCUCGGAGGGAAUGAGUAGAAGUUGUGCAGCAAAGGCUGCAGCAAUGCUAACUGAACUGGCAAUGGCUCAAGGAAGCAAAGACAAUAUCAGCGUAGUGGUGGUGGAGCUUAAGAAACAUUUGUGCUAUGGGGGCCUCAAGCUGAAGAAUCCAAACAGCCCAAGCCAUUGAUCUUUUUGUGACUUUGUAGUUGACCUUAAGAAACGUUAUGCUUUGGGGGCCUUUAAGCUAAUAAGAAGCCAAAUAAGCCCAAGCCCAAGCCCUUUAUUUUUUUUGUCUAAUGGGCCUUUCUUUCUUUCCAGUUUUGAGAUUGUAGUGGAAAGUAGAUGAGUGAGGCCAUGUGACAUUUUAUCCAGAUAUUGUGGUGGGUGGUGGCUAAUUACUUGUCUACGGUGUAACAUUGAACUGGAGUUUUCAAGGCACGAUCAUUUCUUCUAA